AGCCGCGGAGAUGAAGCGGAGCCGCUGCCGGGAGCGGCCGCAGCCGCCGUCGGCCCGCCGGGAAGAUGCGUCUCAGCGGGCGGCCGACCUGCCCCAGCCCCAGCCCCAGCCCUUGCCCCUUCGCCGGCGAGCGCCGCCCGGGAGGCAGCGACUGGAGGAGCGGAGCGGGCCCGAGGGCCGGGAGCAGGAAGUGGUUACUGGACUUAGUCCCCUGCUCUUCAGGAAGCUCAGUAAUCCUGACAUAUUUUCACCUACUGGAAAAGUUAAACUCCAGCGGCAGCUUAGUCAGGAUGACUGUAAGUUACGGAGAGGAAGCCUGGCAGGUUCUCUGUCAGGUAAACAGCUGCUCCCUUUGUCCAGCAGUAUACACAACAGUGCAGGACAGGUAACUUGGCAGUCUUCAGGAGAAGCGUCAAACCUGGUUCGAAUGAGAAACCAGUCCCUUGGACAGUCUGCACCUUCUCUUACUGCUGGCUUGAAGGAAUUGAGCCUUCCAAGGAGAGGCAGUUUUUGUCGGACAAGUAACCGAAAAAGCUUGAUUGUGGCCUCUAGCACAUCACCUACACUACCACGGCCACACUCCCCACUCCAUGGCCACACAGGUAACAGUCCCUUGGACAGCCCCCGGAAUUUCUCUCCAAAUGCACCUGCUCACUUUUCCUUUGUUCCUGCCCGUAGCUAUGGCCACAGAUCAGACAGGACUGAUGGGCGACGCUGGUCUUUGGCCUCUUUGCCUUCUUCAGGCUAUGGAACCAACACUCCUAGCUCCACUGUCUCAUCUUCCUGUUCCUCACAAGAAAAGCUCCAUCAGUUGCCUUUUCAACCUACAGCUGAUGAACUACACUUUCUGACAAAGCAUUUCAGCACAGAGAGUGUGCCAGAUGAAGAAGGACGGCAGUCCCCAGCCAUGCGGCCCCGUUCGCGUAGCCUCAGUCCUGGACGGUCCCCAGUUUCCUUUGACAGCGAAAUAAUAAUGAUGAACCAUGUGUACAAAGAAAGAUUCCCCAAGGCUACUGCACAAAUGGAAGAGCGACUAGCAGAGUUCAUUUCCUGCAACACUCCAGAUAGUGUGUUGCCCUUGGCGGACGGAGCCCUGAGUUUUAUUCAUCAUCAGGUUAUUGAGAUGGCUCGAGACUGCCUGGAUAAAUCUCGCAGUGGCCUUAUUACAUCACGCUACUUUUAUGAACUUCAAGAGAAUUUGGAAAAACUUCUGCAAGAUGCUCAUGAGCGCUCAGAGAGCUCAGAUGUAGCCUUUGUGAUACAGCUGGUAAAAAAGUUGAUGAUUGUCAUUGCCCGUCCAGCUCGUCUCCUUGAAUGCCUGGAGUUUGACCCUGAAGAGUUCUACCACCUGUUGGAAGCAGCUGAGGGUCAUGCCAAAGAAGGACAUGGAAUUAAAUGUGACAUUCCCCGCUAUAUUGUCAGCCAGCUGGGCCUCACACGGGAUCCUCUAGAGGAAAUGGCCCAGUUGAGCAGCUAUGACAGUCCUGAUACUCCAGAGACAGAUGAUUCAAUUGAGGGUCGUGGGGCAUCUCUGCCAUCUAAAAAGACACCCUCAGAAGAGGAUUUUGAAACCAUUAAGCUCAUCAGCAACGGCGCCUAUGGGGCUGUAUUUCUGGUGCGACACAAGUCCACCCGGCAGCGCUUUGCUAUGAAGAAGAUCAACAAGCAGAACCUGAUCCUACGGAACCAGAUCCAGCAGGCAUUUGUGGAGCGUGACAUACUGACUUUUGCUGAGAACCCCUUUGUGGUCAGCAUGUUCUGCUCCUUUGAGACCAAGCGUCACUUAUGCAUGGUGAUGGAAUAUGUUGAAGGGGGAGACUGUGCCACUCUGCUGAAGAACAUUGGGGCCCUGCCUGUGGACAUGGUUCGGCUGUAUUUUGCAGAAACCGUACUGGCCUUGGAAUACUUACACAACUAUGGCAUCGUGCACCGUGACCUCAAGCCUGACAACCUCCUGAUUACAUCCAUGGGGCACAUUAAACUCACUGAUUUUGGACUUUCUAAGAUUGGCCUCAUGAGUUUGACAACCAACCUAUAUGAGGGCCACAUUGAAAAGGAUGCCCGGGAGUUCCUAGAUAAGCAGGUAUGCGGGACCCCGGAAUAUAUAGCACCUGAGGUGAUCCUGCGUCAGGGAUAUGGGAAACCAGUGGACUGGUGGGCCAUGGGCAUAAUCCUGUAUGAGUUCCUGGUGGGUUGCGUCCCUUUCUUUGGAGACACUCCGGAGGAGCUCUUUGGGCAAGUGAUCAGUGAUGAGAUUGUAUGGCCUGACGGUGACGAUGCACUGCCCCCAGAUGCCCAGGACCUCACCUCCAAACUGCUCCACCAGAACCCACUGGAGAGACUGGGCACAAGUAGUGCCUAUGAAGUGAAGCAGCACCCAUUCUUCAUGGGUCUGGACUGGACAGGACUUCUUCGCCAGAAGGCUGAAUUUAUUCCUCAACUGGAGUCAGAGGAUGAUACCAGCUACUUUGACACCCGUUCAGAGCGAUACCACCAUGUGGACUCAGAGGAUGAAGAGGAAGUGAGUGAAGAUGGCUGCCUUGAGAUCCGCCAAUUUUCUUCCUGCUCUCCAAGGUUCAGCAAGGUUUAUAGUAGCAUGGAGCGCCUUUCCCUGCUUGAGGAACGCCAGACACCACCCCCAACCAAGCGCAGCCUGAGCGAAGAGAAGGAAGAUCGCUCAGAUGGCCUGGCAGGGCUGAAAGGCCGAGCCUGCAGUUGGGUGAUUGGCUCCCCUGAGAUAUUACGGAAGCGGCUAUCUGUGUCUGAGUCGUCUCACACAGAGAGUGACUCAAGCCCUCCAAUGACUGUGCGACACCGUUGUUCAGGCCUCCUCGAUGUGCCUCAUCUUGAGGAGGCUGGUAGUACUCCUAGGAGGCAACAGCAGGAAGGUAUAUGGGUCCUGGCACCCCCAUUUGGAGAAGGGGCAUCUGGGCCUAUCCCUGAACGGCCUGUGGAGCACCAGCUGAAGCUGGAUGAGGAGCCUCUUGACCAAAGCAGUAGUUCCUGUCCAGCCAUGGAGACCCGAGGCCAUGGGACCUCACAGCUGAUUGAAGAAGCCACAGCCACAGCCAAAGCCAUCAGCGACCUGGCUGUGCGUAGGGCCCGUCACCGCCUACUCUCUGGGGACUCUGUAGAGAAGCGUACCACUCGUCCUGUCAACAAAGUGAUCAAGUCUGCCUCAGCUACAGCCCUUUCCCUCCUCAUUCCUUCAGAAUACCACACCUGCUCACCAUUGGCCAGCCCCAUGUCCCCGCACUCCCAGUCAUCUAAUCCGUCAUCCAGGGACUCUUCUCCAAGCAGGGACUUCUUGCCAGCCCUUGGCAGCCUGAGGCCUCCCAUCAUCAUCCACCGAGCUGGCAAGAAGUAUGGCUUCACCCUGAGGGCCAUUCGAGUCUACUUGGGUGACUCAGAUGUCUACACUGUGCACCACAUGGUGUGGCAUGUGGAGGAUGGUGGUCCAGCCAGUGAGGCAGGGCUUCGUCAGGGUGACCUCAUCACCCAUGUCAACGGUGAACCUGUGCAUGGGCUGGUACACACAGAGGUGGUGGAGCUGGUCCUGAAGAGUGGAAACAAGGUGUCUAUUUCAACAACUCCCUUGGAGAACACAUCCAUUAAAGUAGGGCCAGCUCGGAAAGGCAGCUACAAAGCCAAGAUGGCCCGAAGGAGCAAGCGGAACCGGGGCAAAGAUGGACAAGAAAGUAGAAAAAGAAGCUCCCUGUUCCGGAAGAUCACCAAGCAGGCCUCUUUGCUGCACACCAGCCGCAGCCUUUCUUCCCUCAACCGCUCCUUGUCAUCUGGGGAGAGUGGGUCAGGCUCUCCUACCCACAGCCACAGUCUUUCUCCCCGAUCUCCCCCUCAGGGCUACCGGGUAGCCCCUGAUGCGAUGCAUUCAGUGGGAGGGAAUUCAUCACAGAGCAGCUCUCCUAGCUCCAGCGUGCCUAGUUCCCCGGCUGGCUCUGGACACACACGGCCCAGCUCACUACAUGGUCUAGCACCCAAGCUCCAACGCCAGUACCGCUCUCCACGACGCAAGUCAGCAGGCAGUAUCCCACUGUCACCAUUGGCGCACACCCCUUCACCACCUCCGGCAGCAACUUCACCUCAGCGUUCGCCAUCACCCCUAUCUGGCCACGGAGCCCAUGCCUUUCCCACCAAACUUCACAUGUCUCCUCCACUAGGCAGGCAACUCUCACGGCCCAAGAGUGCAGAGCCACCCCGCUCACCCCUACUUAAGAGGGUGCAGUCAGCUGAGAAACUGGCAGCUGCACUGACAGCUUCUGAGAAGAAGCUAACCCCUUCUCGUAAGCAUAGUCUUGACCUGCCCCAUGGAGAAAAGAAGGAACUGCCACCUAGAGAAGCCGGCCCUCUGGAGGUAGUUGGAACCAGAGGUGUGCUAUCUGGGAAAGGGCCACUGCCAGGAAAAGGGGUACUGCAGCCUGCCCCUUCACGGGCCCUAGGAACCCUCCGGCAGGACCGAGCUGAGCGACGAGAGUCACUGCAAAAACAAGAAGCCAUCCGGGAAGUAAACUCCUCAGAAGAUGACACUGAUGAGGAACCUGAGAACAGCCAGGGUGGACAGGAGCCAAGAUUGGUACCCCAUCUAGAAGCAGGCCAGAUUCAACCCCCUAAAGGUGCAGGAGGGGGUGGGGAAGAAGAUACUUUCUUGCCUAGGAACCUAAAGAACCAGGGUCCAGUACUCCCAGGCCUAUUAACAGGGGUCUUACUGGGUUCUCCCCGAAUAGAAAUUCCUGGCUUCUCCCAGAUAAGACUCGGGAGUCCACAAGUCUUUGAGGAGGUUACCAACUCCUCUUUACGAGCCCCCAGCCUGAGUAGGUGUGGACCCACAAGCCCCAUUCCCCCUGAAGGCUGCUGGAAGGCCCAGCAUCUGCAAACACAGGCACUAGCAGCACUUUGUCCCACCUCUUCUGAACUUAAACCCACCCAUUGCUCUGCUGUCACCUCUACUUCUGGAAAGCCAGGGACAUGGUCCUGGAAAUUCCUUAUUGAAGGCCCAGACAGGGCAUUCCCAAACAGGAAGAUCACAGAGACAGGUGAACCAGCCAACCCCCAGGAUUUGGAAACCACAGUUGUAACCCUUCCUAAGAACCUGUCUCCCGAGCAGGAGGAAAAAUCACAGCCACCCAGUGCCCCUAGGCUGGCGCAUCCACUUUGUGAGCUCCCCAGCCAAAGCUGGCUUUGGGGGUCUGCACAUGCACAAAUAGAGAAAGGGGAGCCAGCCCUGAGCAUCACCAAAGUGCCUGAUGCCUCAGGUGACAGGAGGCAGGACAUUCCAUGCAGAACCUACCCCCUCACCCAAGAAACUGGGCCCAGUCUGCUCUGGAGAAGCCAAGAAGCAGGAGGCCAACAAAAGCAUCAAGAAUUGGCAUUGGUAUCAGAUGAGCUUUUAAAGCAAACAUAGCAGUUGUUUGCCUUUCUUGCACUCAGACCUGUGUAAUACACCCUCCUAGAAACCA